AUGCCCGACACAGGGGAUAGCAGUCAACACAAGCGGUCAAGAUCCUCGGCGGCACUUUCUCUGCUGCGUCGCAAGGACAAAGACGUCCGCCACGACGACAACAGUCCAUCCGAAGACGUUGUGUCGCAUGCGACUUUGGGUCUCACUUCUCGUCCAACAACGGCCCAGUCCCCCACCUCGAUACCCGUCCAUCAGCAGUCGGUCAAAGGACACAACUCCAGAAUGUCCCUUGGCCGUGUCUCCUCUCAGCCGGCCGCCAACCCGCAGGCGGUUUCUCGAGCGAGCCUCAACAUCGGUGAUAGAGGCGCAACCACUAUCGAACAGUCGGUUCGCAAGUUUAGAAUCGUGGAAGCCUUGCGGAGCGGCAACACAGCAGCAAUCUCUAAAGCGAUCCGUGAGACCUCAGAGAACCCCACGAGAAUCAGCACCUCUUCGAUCAAUGCGACAAAUAUUGCUCCACUCGAGGACACCACAGUGCUCCACCUUGCCAUACAAUGCGCCGAGUUCGAUGUUGUCGAAUACGUAAUGUCAGAUGGUGCCGGGUAUAUCGACGUAAAUGCUCGUGACAAAGAUGGCAAUGUUCCACUACACAUAGCCGCAGCUCAGGGUCGUGGGCCCAUAGUCCGGCUGCUCCUGGAGCAAAAAGAUAUAAACGAUGCGAUUGCGAACAACCAAGGAAAGUUGCCUCUGGACGUCGCACGAAACCCCGACAUCUUCCAACAACUGCAACUUUCCCGGACGUUGUUUGUUCAGGACAAAGUCAAGCACGUACAGGACCUCGUUAGACGUCAGGACUACGACACUCUCGGUCAGGUGCUAGAGGAGCCUCGAGUCAAGACCAUUCUGGAUAUCAACAGUAACGAGCUGCCUUCUGAUAUUAUCACAGUGCAAGCAGGAGGUACCCUACUGCACGAGGCCGCUCGCAGAAAGGACACGAAGCUCAUCCAAGCCUUGCUUCUACAUGGCGCAGACCCAUUCCAACGAGACCGCAGAGGCAAACUGCCUCAGGAUGUGACUAAAGACGAUUUGACCCGCGCCAUGCUGAAGAAGUCCCCUGCCGCAGUCGCGGCGCAACGGGGCAUCCAGGAGAAAGCCGUGCUCGGGCAUGCUGCGUCGCAAGGUGGGGCUGUGCCUACUGCCGCCGAUCCCCUCGGUGGCCGCGAGCAGACCAUGAAGGGUUACCUCAAGAAGUGGACAAACUACCGCAAGGGUUACCAAUUACGAUGGUUCGUCCUCGAGAAUGGCGUCUUGAGUUACUACAAACACCAAGACGACGCGGAAAAUGCUUGCCGCGGUGCUAUUAGCAUGCGCAUUGCGAAGCUUAAUAUGAGCCCGGACGAGAAGACCAAAUUUGAAAUCAUUGGGAAGUCCUCGGUCAAAUAUACUCUCAAGGCCAAUCACGAGGUCGAGGCGAAGCGAUGGUUCUGGGCUCUGAACAACGCAAUCCAGUGGAUGAAAGACCAAGCCAAAGAGGAGCAGAAGCAAAAGGCGCAGACCGCCGAGUACCUCCGUCAGGCGAAGGACCAACUGACCUCCAAGUCAGCUGAGGCUUCUAUCAAUGACCCGAGUGAGGCUGCCAGUGUGGGGGAAGCGCGGAGUAGCGUCCAGUUGUCCAGGUUUCCCUCGACCAAGCUGUCCACUUCUCGAACUGGACUGUCACACGCUAGUACCACAGGAAGUAUUGACGAUGAGUUUGCCGAAACUGGAGGGGCCGAUGACUUGUCGCGAGCUCAUAGCAACGGCGCCCCAACAGUCCCUGGUGACGACAACGACGAUGAUGAUGAGGACGAUGACGAGGAGUCGAGCGGUGGAGAGAGGCCCACCGCCACCAAAGACGCUUUCAACAUCACCGCACAGUCGGCAAAGCUGCAGCUCGAUACAUUGGCCCAGGUCAGCGCGGCACUACAGGCGGAGGCAAACAGAAACCCAGGCAUGUCGAUGGCCGAUCCCAAAGCAGCGCAGGCACUUGCGACAUAUGACGCCGCUAUCAAGAGUUUGAAGGGUCUUAUGGGUGAUCUCCUAAGGAUAUCCAAAGACCGUGACGCGCAUUGGCAGUACCGUCUGGACCAAGAGAUCGAGAUGCGACAAAUGUGGGAGGAAAGCAUGGCAAAGGUCGCAAAGGAGCAAGAAAUCCUCGAGGCUCGAAUUGGAGAAGCUGAACACAAACGCAAGAUUACCAAGCGUGCCCUCCGGGAGGUUAUGGAAAGUAGCCAUGAUGGCGGACGCCCUGGUAGCAGCUACAGCGCAGCCCCUGCCGUCCCCGCCGUCCCCGCCGAAUCGACUGGCGUAACGGAAGAGGAAGUCACUGAAGGGAGGAAGUCACCGUCGACGAAAAGUAUUCUUCGGCGCCCGACUGCGCUCUCUCAGGUGGUCGACAUCUCAGAGGACUCGGAAUCUGAGCAGGAGGAGUUCUUCGACGCAGUGGAUGCUGGCGAGGUCGAUGUCGAAGAACUACCUCCAUCUGAAUCGGCAAACCUGGGUAAUGCCGAACAGGCAGUAGUCGUCUCGGGCGGGCUGGAUGUCAGCAGCACCUACAAGGGUUACGAAAAUGGCGUAAGGACAAGGCUCAAGCUGGAUAGUGAUAACCGACCCAAGGUUGGCUUAUGGGGUAUUUUGAAGUCAAUGAUUGGCAAAGACAUGACCAAGAUGACGCUUCCGGUUUCCUUCAACGAACCCACAUCGUUAUUAUAUCGUACUGGUGAAGAUAUGGAGUACGCGGAUCUCCUCGACCUCGCAGCAGACCGUUCAGAUUCCAUUGAGCGACUCUUGUACGUGGCGGCUUUUGCAGCAAGUGAAUUUGCGUCGACCAUCGGACGUGUUGCAAAGCCGUUCAAUCCGCUCCUGGGCGAGACUUUUGAGUAUGCAAGACCGGACAAGGGCUACCGCUUCUUCAUUGAGCAGGUCAGCCAUCAUCCUCCGAUCGGUGCAGCCUUCGCCGAAUCCGCCAAGUGGACAUACUACGGCGAAGCCAACGUCAAGUCCAAAUUUUUGGGCAGAACGUUCGAUAUUCAGCAUCUUGGCACAUGGUUCCUGGAAUUACGGCCUACGAACGGUGGCAAACCCGACUUCUACACCUGGAAGAAACCCACCUCUUGCGUUGUUGGAAUCAUAACUGGAAACCCAGCUGUCGACAACUAUGGCCCUAUGGAAAUCAAGAACUGGACAACCGGCGAAGAAUGCAAACUCGAAUUCAAGCCUCGCGGCUGGAAAGCUUCAAGUGCCUACCACCUCAACGGAAAGAUUAUGGAUUCCGAUGGUAGACCACGCUUCAGCUUGGGAGGCCGCUGGAAUUCGAAGCUUUACGCUCGCUACACGCCUGGAUAUGAAGCUACCGUCGAGGAGCCCACAGAUGGAGGAUCGAUUCUCCGCGGGAGCAUCAGUGAUUCUCAAAAGGCGUUCCUCCUUUGGCAAGCCCACGAGCGACCAGAAGGCAUUCCAUUCAACUUGACGCCCUUCGUCUUGACAUUCAAUCACCUCGACGAGAAUCUGCGGCAAUGGAUCGCACCAACCGACUCUCGGUACCGCCCAGACCAACGUGCCAUGGAGGAUGGCGAGUACGACACCGCAGCUGCAGAGAAGGAUCGUCUCGAAAACGACCAGCGCAAGCGGAGGAGGGUCCGCGAAGAGCACGGGGAGCAUUUUACUCCCGCCUGGUUCGAGAAGGCCAAGUGCCCUACGACGGGUGAGGAGUACUGGAAGUUCACAGGCAAGUACUGGGAGCAGCGGGAGAAGUACGGCAGCGGGGAUCAACACGCCUGGGAUGGGCUGGAGCCCCUUUUCGUGCCUCAACAGGAUUCAUGA